AUGGGAGGUGAGGCUCAAGGUGGAACUGUAGAUACAGUUGUACAUUUACUUGAGAAUGGAUUACCACCCACCAUUGUAGGCAAAGCAGCCCAGGCCCCGAAUAAGGGUGAGACCCGUAUGGUACUGCCAUUAGUGUACUAUAACCGCUUUGCCGGAGCUUGGACUAUUCCUUUCUUCAUGGCUCCCGUGAAUAGCAAGGUUGUCGAGUGGACUAACAACGAGAUUGGCUACAGCCCUAAGCUAGCGUACAACGAGGUCAUGGGCAUGCCAAACAUCACCUCUGUCCUAAUAGGCGGUCUCCUAGGCAUGGUGGGUGGCUCGUUCUUCAUCAUGAAAGCAACUCGUGAUAUGAUCUUCAAUCUCGGGUGGCUUCCUAAGCCAGGAGAUGGCCCCAGUCGACGCACUAUGGCUAGAGGGUACUGUCUGACUACAUUCUACGCAACAUCUGCCGACGGCAAGUGUGUAGAAACACUCCGCUGGGCCAAUGUUGGCGACCCUGGGGGCUUCGCCACAGCCGUCUAUCAAG